AUUUAGAACGAUUGGACGUGUAGUUUCCGUUGCUCCGUGCCGCUGCUUUUCUGAAGAAAUUGUUUUCUGGUGGAUUGUGAAGAGGAUUCCAAGUUUGGGGAGGACAGAUUGCGCUCCUCACGCGGUGGUGUUUGAAUUUUUUCCACAGACUAGACCAGGGUGGUGCUAGUCUAGUUGGCUGACUGCCGGAAGGGGUGGUCCAGCUAUCACUGACAAAGUGUUCCAAACCGUCUCGAAAAAAAAAAUUUUAACUAAUUUUUUGAACCUAGUUCUGAAGAGUUUUAAAAGAGUGAUUUCCAGACGAUUGUGUCUUGGUUUCGAACCCAGAAGGCUUCCGGCUUCUACUCCAACCGAAAUCAGGUUAAAUACCUUCCUGUCCAGUGCUCCGCUAAUAAUUACCUCAAAAGUGUUUAUAUUUCCGCGCGUUUUAUUUUUUUUUUCCUUUGCGACUUUCUAUUGCGAAAUUAAUCUUGACGGUCGGCGAAUUGUGUGAAUGAUCGCAGACCGGCAAGCGAUCGAGUGACGGACGGCGUCGAGUGAGUGAGUUGAUAAAUGCAGCAACAACGUUCCACGUUCCGCAACAUCGAGAGCGAAAUUCGCAAAAAGGCGGCACGAUCUCUAAAAGCGGCAGAACUUUGAAGGAAUUCGCGUGAUGUUUUUGCUGUUGUGAAUUGAACUGUGGCAAAGCGACGAGGAAGCGAAGGCGUUGUGAUAUUCACAUACCGUGAAACUUGAAGAUCCCACGACCAAACCGACUAACCAUCGAACUCGAGAGAUUUGCGAAGGCACGCGUUGAGUGCUCCUACAUUUGGGCGACCAAAGCCGGGGCGAUUACCAGCUGCUCCAGUGUAUCUUUUAGUGUAGUGAACAAGAAACAGAUAUACGUGUGUAAAAACAGAUCCAUUCUUUUGGGGCUCCUCUCUGGCCGGUUGUUGUCGCAUCGCAAUCGAAAAGCGAAACGAGAUGACGACUCCGGGGCCGCGUGUUGGAGCAUCUAGUGGCUGUUCAGGGCUCUUGGCCGGGAUUAUAGCGUCCGUAGUGGCCGCUUGUGUCGGCUCCAUUCCAUUCCUGAGGAAUGCAAAACAUGUUUCUAGGUUCGCAACUGUUCCAGGUCUUCUGCUGCUCUUGCCGCUUCUGCUUCCUAUGCACCCGGUCUCAGCGAAUUGGUGGCAGCUCGGUACCUACUUACCCCCAUCUAUUGGAUUUCUAGACACAAAUGGCAAUUCAAAGUCACACAAUGAUGUUUGCCAAAGUUUUCGGGAGCUAACAAAUGACCAACGAAGGAUAUGUUCGCGGAGCCAGAAAAUACUUACGGCCAUUUCGCAGGGAGCUCGAAUAGGAUUGGAGGAAUGUCAGCACCAGUUCAAAAACAGUCGAUGGAACUGUACGGCUCCGCCGAAUACACCCUCACUCUACGGCAACGUAAUGAGCAUAAAAAGCCGAGAGACUGCCUACAUCCAUGCUAUCAAUUCAGCAGCGUUGGCCUGGUCGAUUACGAGAGCCUGUUCGCGAGGGGAGUUGGACGACUGUGCCUGCGAUAGUAACAUACGGAAGAAGCCGCGAAAGUGGCAAUGGGGUGGCUGCUCAGAGGACAUCAACUACGGCGUUGGGUUUUCUCGAAGAUUCACCGAUGCCCAGGAGAGCAACUCGUCGGCUGCCGGUCUAAUGAAUUUACACAAUAACGAGGCAGGUCGAAGGGCAUUAAGAGCAAGGAUGCAGCGUGUAUGUAAGUGCCACGGAAUGUCAGGAUCAUGUUCAUUGCGAGUGUGCUGGCGUCGUUUACCCCCCAUGCGAGUGGUCAGCGAAGCGUUAGGAUCACUUUAUGAUGGAGCAUCUCAUGUGAAAUUAGUUCAGAGGGACGGACGUCCAGCGAAAUUGAGACGAAGAGAUCCGGAUCAUAAAAAACUAAUAAAAUCUGAUUUAGUUUAUUUGGAAGAUUCACCAGAUUAUUGUGAAGUGAAUACAGAAUUGGGGAUUCUUGGUACACGCGGACGAAUAUGCAACAGGACAUCGCACGGAAUUGAUGGCUGCCGUCUGUUAUGUUGUGGGCGGGGCUAUCAAACGCGCAUACGACAAGUCGAGGAGAAGUGUAAUUGCCAAUUUGUAUGGUGCUGUCGAGUUAAGUGCCAGAUGUGCAGUCACACGAGAGAGGAGCAUUUGUGCAACUAAUUAAUUAGCGUAUUUAUUAAAUUUUAUAUUGAAUCUUCUACCCUGACGACCCCCUCCCCGCGUUCCCGACUCCCCUUAAUUUUAAUUCGAAUCUUUGAAGAGGAAAUGAUGAAACUGAAGAAUGAUUGUCGUUUUAUAUAAAGAUAUAAUUAGAUAAGCGUAAGUAAAUGUGUUAUUUAUUUUAUAAUUAAAUUUUUAGAGAACUGCAGAAACAGAAGGAUUCUUUCUUUGUUGUCCUCCAUAUCUCAUUGUGUCAAAGGAUAAUGGUCUACACACACAUGCUCUCUUUGUUUGUUUUUUUUUAUUGGAAACCAUAUUUCAUGCGAAUUGUCCUUUGUAUUACCUAGAAAUCACGUAAAGACGCCAUAGACAAACAUGGAAUUAUCAAAUCGUCCAACAUCUGUAACCAAAAAGUAUAAAAACAAUAUUUAUUUAUUUUUACGUAGAUGACUGAAAAUAAUUUAUUUGAUCAAUUGUAGAUUUUUCUUAUUUUAAUUAAAACGUUACUUUAUUAUUUAACGUUCAUUCCAGUCAAUAUUGUCAGCCUGAAGAAUGCGAUUUUUUAUAAAUAUUAAAUAAUAAAAGGUUAAUUAAAAAAAUGGAAUUUCACACAGAUAAGAAGUAUUAAGUUGUAAAUAGGACGAAGUGGAGAAAUUGCUUAACUUAUUCUUAGACUGUUUAAGAUAAAUGUCUCUAAUUGUGUGUACGUGUAAAGCAUCUUCUUAAGUUAUACAACUUAGAAUUGUUACUCUUUAAUUUUUACUCUAGACAGUUUUUUAAGGCUACUAAAGUAUUUAAUGUACAACACGAUCUAACUGUAAGGAGUACGUUUAAGUUCAAAUUUCUAUCCUUAUUGCCUAAUUAAAACUCAAUUUUAAUAUAAAAAGUACUGCAUCUGUAAUAUACAUAAUUAAUUUUAGAUGAACCAUGAAUAAGGAGCGCCCCGAAGUUUCUCGAUGGCACUUCCACCGCAGAAUCUAAAAUCUAAAAGAUAAAUCUUUCAUUACAAUAGAUUUCUCCCUACAAGUUCUUGCCAUGAUAAUGUUUCCUUUAAACGACUGAUUUUAUUAUUGUAAUUGAACAUUAUAUAGCAAAACCCCCAGAACCCCUUGAAUAAGCUCAAAAUCUCUUCACGUCACUGUGGUAGUCUUGCCAAUGAUUUACUCGAAUCACAAAAUAAAUGGAGAAAAUUUGAAGAAAUUGUCAAUUUCAUCGAGUGUAGUCGCAAAAUAAUAAGAAAAAAAAAAACUAGAAUCACAAUUGGAAUGGAAUAUUCAAAAGUGAAAUAGAAAUGCAUAUAAAAUCUCAUCAGUACUUAAGUAGGAGAAAGUAACAGAAGUAAAAGAUAAAGAUAAUUCGUUGAUGUAAUUACAACUCAGUGUUUAGUAGUAAAACAGAAACAAAGUUCUUUGUUUUAAUUAUGAAAAACAAUUCUUCUGUCGAGAUAACAAUUUUCUUAAAAAGUAAAAAUUAAACACAAAAAACGAAUAAAAACUAUUUUAUGUAAAUG